AUGCCUUCAGCUGUCCCAAUCUCAGCUGGUAACACAAGAGAUGAGCACGGUAACCAGAAUUCGUCGAGAUCAUUCAGAUCGAUGGGCGGGUUCGGCGCCAGGUCCUUCUCAGCGCAGCAAGGACUAUCAUUCACUGGCCCUGGGUCUUUCGUAGUCUCACCACGCUUCGGGAGCUAUUCACGCGCUGCUGCUCUCCUCGGCACCAGUCUCGGGAAGAGCCCAAUUGACUUUGAAAUGCAUUGCGGCAGUGUAGACACGGAGAACGGCCUUCCUUUCAAAGCAGAAUCUGAAUUCUGCAAGAACUACAAUUGCUGUGGAAUGGAGUUGAAUGAUCUUCACGAUCUCAUUCAGCACUAUGAAGAAGCUCACGUCGUUGUUCUCGACGAUAGCAAGGAUAAGCCUGACGACGGCUUCGAAGACGCCCAAGUUGAUGAUAUGGAUCUUUCCGCUUCCCCCUCUCAGGACGGCAAGAUGGCUAGAAUGUCCCUCAGCGCUAUGGCCGCUGCUGCUAUUUCUCAGUCUCAGAAAUCCAAUAACGCUACUUCGGCUUUUGAGACUUCGAUUUUACAUUCUAAUCCAAGAGGGGCUCCUACCUCUCUCCACGCUAAGGCUCCUCUUGGUAGCUUUGGUCCGCCGUUUUCCCCCAAUUUGGAGUCAGAAAUGAGCAGUCAACCAACUUCGCAAGAUGAUGAUGAAAUGUUCGAUGCUGAACCAUCUAGUAGUAUGUCGUCGCAUUCUUCGCAAGCUAUAAACUCUAUGCCUCUUUUCCCAACAAAUGUCUCAAAUAACCAGUCAGGAGACAGGCCGCAGUAUGUUACACCUGGAUUGCUAUUCCCGUCUACAGGUGCCCAGAAGAGCGCUUCAGAUGCAGCGAUCAAGGCUUUAAAUGGUGGUAACAGCAGUAAUAGCAGCAAUACAAACAACGCUACACCAACUAACACCACACCAAAUUCCCUCCCACCUUCCAACACGGGCACACCCAGUGCAUCUGGAAAAGCUACCCCAACUUCUACCACUCCCACGCCAGCUGCCGCUGGUGCAUCACCAUCAGGAUUGGCAGGUGCGCCCGACAAUGGCGAAGGUGGUGGUGAUAAGCCAUUCAAGUGUCCAAAUCCAGGUUGUUCAAAGGCAUACAGACAGGCUAACGGACUAAAGUAUCAUAGGUUGCAUGGACAGUGCAACUAUGUAGUGAGGGAUGGAAUGGAGCAGGAUGGGCUGACGCUCGCCGAAGCAGAAGCUGUAGCGAGGCCGUAUCUGUGUCAAGUUGGUCACUGUGACAAGCGAUACAAGAAUAUGAAUGGGCUGAGGUACCACUAUGCGCACUCAGGCGCACACGGCGCCAUAGGGUUGGCGAUGCUGUCCAAUGGCACCCACCCAACUCCACCUCCUCCUCCAGCGCACGUAAGGGAAAGGAAAGACAGAGAACGUAAGGCGGUAGCUGCGGCUGCGGCUGCGGCUGGACUGCCCCCGCCACAAUCACCAGAUGGGGACGACGACAACGAAUUGGUUAGCCAGUUUCCUUCUGCUACUACUUCACCACACUCUCAUCACGCUACGCCCAUACCGCAGUCAAUACAGACACAGCAUCUGCAUACUCAACCUCAGCCACGCUCAUCUGCCCCUGCGACGCCGACUAUGAGUAACGCUAGCACUGCAUUGUCGACACUGGCAUCUGCACCUAUGCAGUACUAG